UUAAACGAUCUAAAUGUUCUCCUUUGCAGUAUGAAGAAUAAACCAUUUAAAUUUAAUGAAUAAUAAAAGCCAAAAUUUUGCUCAUAUAUCUUUAAGCAGCUCUUAUUAUGAAAUACAAUAAAACCGGAAGUAGUUUAUUUCUUCGCUUGCUCUGUUUCAUACUAGCUACUACUGCUUGAGUGCAGACUCUUUAAUAUGAUGAUUGCGGUCAGUAAUUACAUUUAACUGCCAACCUCCGGUCUCUGAAAACUAGCCCCGCUGACUUCAUCAUCAUGGUCAACCUCUGCUGUCUCUGCUGCGGUGAACUCCCUGAACCCCGCCCCCCUGCGCCCGGUCAGUCGGGAGCACCGCGGGACUCCCGCUCCGCACCGCAGCAGCAUCAUAAGCAGCCUGCUGGCUUCCGCCCAGUCUCUGUGGGACUAAGGGAGGUUCAAAAAGCGGGAGCAAACGAAGGGAUGUCCGCUGCCAAGCAAACGAAUGGAGAUGUGUGAGCUUCAAAUUCCCCUCUGACAUGCGAAAAGUGCAGAAUGCUUUCCUCCGAUCAGGGCUCUGCAGCGGACACAGCGGCCAGUGGUCCCAGUGAUGCUGAGGAAGAGGAGCACGAGGAAGACUUACCUGCUGUGUGUGAUGUACCGGAGGAACAGCAUCCAGUCAAGCAGUCCCUGGGUGAUUGUGUCUGCCGAGAGACUCAUUGGCGCUGCCUGCUACUCUCUGUGCUCAUGUACAGCUGCCUGGGUGUGGUGGCCUGGUGUCAGCUGACCCGAGUCACCAAGAUCAGCUUUAAUUCUGCCCUCACCUCAUCAUUCUCAGCUUCCUUCACCUCUUCCCUGCGAGGCGCUUCCCCUGGGAUAGGUGUUGGAGGGCACUCUAUGAUCUACCAUGACAGCCCGUGCUCUGAUGGCUACAUUUACAUUCCUCUGGCCUUCCUCCUUAUGCUCUACGUAUUGUACAUGGUGGAGUGCUGGCACUGCAGAGCCAGGAGUGAGUUGCAGUCCAAAGCAGAUGUAGACAGCGUGUAUGAAAGAGUUUUGCGGAUGCAACAGGCCCAACCUAGCAUAUGGUGGAAGGCCAUCAGCUAUCAUUUUGUUCGGCGGACACGGCAAGUGACCCGAUACCGGAAUGGGGACGCCUACACUACUACACAGGUUUACCAUGAGCGGGUCAACACCCAUGUGGCAGAGGGUGAGUUUGAUUAUAGCCACUGUGGGAUGAAAGAUGUAUCUCGUGACCUCAGAGGCUUGGAGGGACACUCAGCAACUCGCCUACACUUCACUAAGUGUUUCAGCUUCACAGAGGCAGGUCCUGAAAAUGAUUACCUUAACCAGAGAGCCAGGUUCUUCUCUGAAAUAGAAGGUUUGGAUGAUUACAUGGAAGCCCGUGAAGGGAUGCAGCUGAAGAAUGUGGAUUUCAGAGAAAACCUGAUAGCCUGCAUUGACCCUGACAGGAUGCCUUGGUACACUUCCCAGGUUGCCUUUUGGCUGGCAGCUCUGCUCAUGCUGUCAUGGCCGCUAAGAGUCCUCACUGAAUACCGUACUGCUUAUGUGCAUUACAGAAUAGAGAAACUAUUCGGGUUGGAGUACAUCCAUGGUAGCCCAUCUCCUCUAGAUGAACACAGACCUGUGGGGAAUAACACUGGUUGUGUUGUUCCAAGAGUAGACACACUGGACAGCACUGACAUGGAGUGGCAUAUACGCUGUAACCGCCAGCUAAUUCCCAGCUACUCAGAGGCCAUGCUAAUAAACAUGAACACAGGAAACUCUAACUCAUUGCACAAUGCUUCAUCCUCCACCUGUUUUCUGUUGGACAGCAGUAACCAGACUGCUCAGAGCUAUGGAGCACUCCAGAGCCAGGAUGACUGCGAGCAGUGCAGUGAGCUGAACAGGCGAGCAGCUGCAGGAGGCCGGAGGAGAACCAUCGCCAGCUCCAGCUGCUCCUCCAUCUUCUCCUGCCGCAGAGCACUGCUCCACUCCCACCUCUCUUUGGACACAUCCCGGUUCUCUCUCUGUCGCAUCUACGGGUCCCAUCGCACCGUUGCUCCGUGGAGAAGCCGCAGCAGCAACCUGUCGGACCCCUGCUGCACAGACGAGCAGUGCUGCCAGUCUGACUCCAGCCAGCUAGCACUCAGUGACAGUCCACCCACUUAUAGGGAUGCUCGCUUCUUCCCAGCUCUCAUUGUGCAUUGGUCCGAGGGCAGUGAAGAUGGGAGGGAAUCUCGGCGCUAUUAUAUACGAAGAGGGUCGUCACCAGGGGACACAGCUUUGUAAAGAGAUUAGAUGUUAAAGUCAGUAUUUAUGUUGACAUUCGUUGGUUGGUCACCAUAGAGAUUUAUAGCUAAUAAAGAUUUCACUUUAAAUCUUAUAUUAAACUAACUUUAAAAUGGUCUUUUUUUUAACCAUAAUUUCCACUUUUGAACACAUUUAAAAAAAUGCCACAGUCUUUAAUUGCAUUUAAAUAUGUAGCUAUAUCAUUAAAACAUCUGCAGGUGUGGGGAUAAACUAUGUCCCAUCAUGACAAUGUCAGUCUGUACUUACUGCAUGAUCUGGCCAUGCUACUUUUUAACAGCUACAAUAGCAUGCAGAUGUUUAUGCACUUGUCAAAAUUU